ACCAUGAUGAGCAAGAAGCAACGACUCGCAACGGCGAAACUGAUUCAGCGAUUUUUUGAAUCCGAAUUUUCAACGGAAGAGCGCAUCUUUGAUACCGAUUCUGAGAUGGUCAAUAUGCUGAGACAUGUCAGCAACACGCAACCCAAGGACGUUGCAUUUCGACGAAAUCGUGGCUAUUUCAUGGUCGAACAAGCUGAGAUUAUCAACAAUUCAGCCACUGCAACUAAACAUGACAUCGCCCAAGUAGUGCAGGAAAAAUCUUUGAAAGUAUCCGGUUAUUUGCGUGGUGCGGGCAUCUGUACGAAAAAUUUGAUGCACCUUUCGGGAGUGGGGGACUUUCCCAUUCGAGAAAUCGCAGUUAUGGAUAAGCGGGGUGGCCGAGUUCUAAGAACUGUGCCAGGAGCUUGUUGUAGUGCUACGACUAGUUGUACUGACAACGCUGAAGAACGAGGUUCCCACCCAUCCUUGACGAGACUUCGACCCUAUGACCCAUCGCAGAACGAACAGCAUAUCGGACAAGAAGAUGAAGAAAUGGAAGGAGGUAUCAGAUCGACAUUAUAUUAUGAAAAUGCCAGUAGCCUCCAACGACAUUUCUGUACUUGAUUCAAGAAUCAUAGGUUUUUGUUUCUGGUCGAUGAUUAUUCAUCCACAUUUUCCUUUCAUCCCAAAACUCUAUGAUCAGGCAUGAACGACAUUGGCGACACGCUGAUUCCUGAUGCUCCUGAAAACGCGCAGCUUUUGAGUGCAAAUUUUCCGAAGCAGAACAGCAACCAAGACGAUGACCAAGACAGUAACUUCUCGUUCUCCGACUUAAAUGAAGAGCUUUUUCGCUAUGCCGAAGAAUGUCCAACCAAAAAGAGCGUGGAAUUUGAGCAAAGGGCCUUGGAGGAUCUCGAGUUUCCUGACGAAGUCGAUACACCUUUGCCUCCAGCUGAAGCAUCCACACGAUACCAGAAGUAUCGAGGUCUGAGGUCUUUGAAAACUAGUCAUUGGGACAGGUAUGAAGAGUUGCCUUUGGAGUACAGUAGAAUUUGGGAAUUUGAGGGUUUCAAGAGUUGCGCGAACGCAGCAAGGCAGCAACAGAGGGACAACGUGGAAGAAGAAUUCGGAGCGGAAGAGCGUUUGGUAGGUCGCUACGUCGUCGUGACCUUGGGACAGAUGACUGAGGACGUGCUUUUGAGGUUGCAGCAGCUGAACAUGGUGAAAGUGUCCUCUUCUGCGAACAAACUAGUAGACGUGCAAGGUCCCGUUGUGGUUUCUUCUCUUUUUGAGCAUGAGCACCUGGUUUCCGUGAUGCAUUUGCAGGUGCACAGAUGUACUGCUGGCACAGAUUCUUUGACUGGCGAAAAAACCCUCGAUCGCAGUGUGAAAUCCAAGACUGAAGUCGAGUUUCAUUGCGGUUUUAGACGGUUUCUAGCCAGGCCAAUUUUCUCGCAGCUCCCGAAAAAGUCCUCCGCAGAGAAGGACAAGCAUUUGUACCAACGCUAUCUACAUCCUGGGCAGAGCUGUGUAGCCAGCAUUUACGCACCAAUCCUGUUCCCGCCAUGCACAGUGCUCAUGUUCGAACCUACAGCGGGAGCGAUCGACAAAGCCUUUGAAGAAGCAGAAAAUACUGGUGAGGGAGCAAUCGCAGACAAGACAAUUAUAAACAAUUCUUCUAAAACUGGCGAAACAACAGGCGAACAUGAAACAAGAGUAAUCAACAUGUCCUGUGCAAGCCCUUCUUCAAGUAGUACACCUACCGGAGCAUGCAUGGAGACAGAUGACGUCGCUGUUGAGGAGUCUACUUCGACAAAUAAGACAAAGGCCACCACCAGAACCAGUACAACUACUAACGUCUCUGCCAUUCCUUCAUGGACUGAAGCAGGCAAGAAAAACCUCCUUGGAUGGGGUGAAGUGAUUGACGCCAAUCCCAAAAAGAUCAUCGUUAAAAGGUCGAUCCUAACCGGGUAUCCGUUCCGAGUGCACAAGAACAAGGCGGUUGUGCGGCAUAUGUUCUUUCGACCUGACGACAUCCGGUGGUUUAGGCCCGUAGAGCUGCGAACAAAGCACGGGCUGCGAGGAAACAUCAAGGAGAGCUUGGGCACCCAUGGCUACAUGAAGUGCGUCUUUGGAGAUAGGAUAAAACAAAACGACACCAUUUGCAUGGACUUGUACAAAAGGCAAUACCCAAAGUGGUAUCCGCCAACAUGGGGAGGAGAGGAAGAAAAUGGACCAGAUUCAUUUGCUUUGGGGUGAAGCUGAACGUGGACUCGUGACUUCUGUUACUGAUGUUCACAGAAUGCCCAUCUCUUAUUCAUCAUGUUGUUUCAAUUCGCCUUUGAUUAAUUGUCUCACAGGACUAGCGCACUACACAACAUGAACUUUGUUCUUUUUGUAAUUGCACCACCUGCCAGAGGUGAAACGGGAUAUUUAUUCUUCACUAUCUAUGUUGCUUCACUGAUGUUUAUUGCGCCAGCUGCGACAGCGACACGCUCGCGCUCCUCAUCCCUGCGACACGCGUUCCCCACGUCCUUGCACGACGUCCCCCUCGACUCCGAGAUGAACUCGAUCUUGUGGUGAUUUCGAUCCCUAAAAUUCCGUUGCAUG